AAAUAACGAGAGACUUGAAGGCAGAGAAAGAUGAGAUUGCUGAAAAGAUUAAGGCACAAACUGAAAUGAUUAUGGAAGUUCUCAAAAAUCGAGAGAAAGAGUUAUUACAAAAUUUACAAAGAAUUUAUUCCCACAAAGAAGACGUCUUGAUUAAAAAUAAAGAACGACUUCAUAAUCGACUUGAAUUGAUCAAAAGAACAUGUCGCUUCACGGAAAUUGCCAUAAAUGACGGAGAUGAAAUACAGGUGUUGAUAUUCGAGAAAUAUGCUCGGAAGAGGUUAGAAGAGCUGUCCCGUGCUGAAGUUCUUAUUCCAGCAAGUGAAGGACAUUGCCGCUAUUAUGUGACAGGAAGUUCACCAGGGAAAGCUGAAAACCUUCUUGGGAAUGUUGUAUGUUCAGCUGCUGAGCCAAAUCAAUGCGAAGCUGAAGGUGAAGGACUGAGGAGAGCGGUGGUUGGACAGGAUUCGUGUUUUUUGGUGAAUGUUAAAGAAAAGAAUGGUACACCGCUGACUAAUGGAGGUGAUGAUGUACAAGCACAAAUUACCACGACACGCGAUGAAACUGUCGAAGUUCGAGUUAGAGAUCACGACAACGGUACCUACACAAUAACCUAUUCUCCCAAUGCCAGCGGAGAAUUGAUUAUAGCAGUACGUGUAUACGGUGAACCCAUCAAAACUCCUGAUUGUAAAGUCCACGCUGUAUGCCAACGUGAUUACGAGAAGAUUGAAAAGCCUUUACUGACCAUAAGUCGGGUGACGCUUUCUGGCAAAGAGUCAACUUUGAAGUUACCAUGUGGAGUUGCGGUUGACAAUGACAAUCAAGGCAGAAUUCUCGUAGCUGACUGUCAUAAUCAUAGUAUUAAGAUAUUUUCUCGGGAUGGAAAAUUCAUCAAGUCGUUUGGGUGUUUCGGCACUAAAAACGGUCAGUUGAACAAUCCAACCGACAUAGCAGUCAAUGACGGGAAGAUUUACGUGUGUGAUAAAGACAAUAGUCGCAUUCAAUGUUUCACUUCAGAAGGCGUGUUUUUGACGAAGUUCUCCCAUGGUAGCACCCAGCUAAAACGACCAUGGGGGUUAUGUAUUGAUUGCAAGGGACGCGUAGUCGUGGCAGACACGAAGAAUAACAAGAUUCAAGUUUUCUCCAGUAAUGGAAAUUUUGUGACGAGUUUCGGCAAAGAAGGGAGUGGAGAGAGCGAGUUCCAGCAACCUUAUUUUGUGACGUCACACCCGAACGGGCAGAUUUAUAUCACAGACAACGGCAAUCACCGAGUGCAAGUCUUCGACGAAAGCUACUCUUAUUUAUUUCAAUUUGGUGGUGAAUAUGAUGCUCUGAGAUUGAAGUAUCCUACUGGAAUUACUACAGACAAUCAAGGUCACGUGAUCGUAGCAGAUCAAUGUAAUAGCAGACUGCAGGCGUACCAAGCUGACGGCAAGCAUAAAGUUGUCAUCUCGAAACCAUUUCUUAAUACGUCACAGUAUCAGAGUUAUCCUAAAGGUCUCGCUGUGUCACUGGAUGGUUAUGUAGUUGUUGCAGAUAGUGACAAUGAUAGAGUGGUUUUAAUAUGAAGAUACUUCAUAACUUUAAUAACGACACUCUUCAUAACUUUAGACCGGGAUUGCUGCCUUUCUGGGUAGAUUUCGAUCCUAUAUUUCGCAUUCUGGCGUGUGUAAUCGAAUAAGCAUACGUAAAAUGAUUGCAUUUAAAAUUUCUGAAUAAACUAAGUGAAGAGGAAUUGUGCGUCAGCAGUAAUUUUCAUACGCCAGGAUACGAAUCGAUCGUACACGCCAAAUCGCAGCGUGUAAAUGUACCUUUACUUGUUAGAGGUGUAACACAACGCUCAUCUAACUACUUCAUGGGAUUUGUGUACAAGGUUUUUCAUUUUCUUUUUCAAGCAAAUCUUAAUCCAAAAGUUUAUCGACAUCGACAUCGUUUAUGCCUUCAUCGUAGUGUACGUAAUUGUUAGUUUUGAUUAGUACUAACUUGCUAUAAAGAUAUAUUUUGUGACAGGCUGUGAGGUGUCAAUGGCUAAAUGCUCUUAGUAACUGUUCAGUUAACCUCUUGCUGCCCCUUUUUCAGUAUAUUUUGACUUUAAUCAGGUGAA